AUGCUCUACCAGGAGGAUUCCUUUAUCGAAGAAGAUGUUGCUGGCGCAGAUGAGCAAGAUCGGGAUUUAGAGGCCGUGAUUCGGAGAUACAAUCAAAAUAAAGCGGCCGCAGCUCAAGGAGGAGGGGUCGUGGCAUCAUCAUCAUCUUCGAGUUCUUCUAGAGGCGGAGGAAGUAACAGUUACAAUGUGAGGAAAAAGGGUCCUACGAGUGAUCGACACGAGGAUCGCGAUCCUGAGAAGGAUUACAACAACAAACAACCCCCGAGCAAAAAAGAGCUGGAGGAGAAGUUCAAAAAGAGUGACAGAGAGGUGGCGAGGACAGGAGCCACAGCAUCUGCGUCGUCAUCAUCCUCUGGCGCGAACGAUGCUAGGCGAUUCAUCCAUGCCACUCCCUGCACAACCGCGGGUCCUGGCAGCACCACCACAGACGGCGUUACUACCACGCCAGGUGAUCAUCGCUCUUUCUACAGUCAACAACAGGUUGUGGGCGUGCUGGGCGUCGUUGGUAGCGCUGUCGCUGCUGGCGGUGCAGCAGCUUCUGCUCCCUCUGGUGCUCCCGUGCCCUUCCAAGCAAAGAGACGACCAAGCGAAAGUAGUGUUGCUACUGUGAAAGUGGGGCCGCCGAUUUUGUUUUCGCCCGCCGAUUCAGCAAGAGCAGACAUAGUUGAAGGUCGUCAU